GGCUGCUCCAGGCCCAGGUGAAUGGAGUAACCUGACAGCGGGGACGAGGCGACGGCGAGCGGGAGGAAAUGGCGGCGGCGGCGGCGGCGCCAGGCGGCACCGGGAGGCCUGGGCUGUGACGCGCGCGCCGGAGCGGGGUCCGAUGGUUCUCGAAGGCCCGCGGCGCCCCGUGCUGCAGGUUACCUAGGGUGUGAAUUAAUACAGACUUGGAAACUGAAAGAACUUAGAAUCAGCAUUUUGAGAGCAGAAGCUUGGGCAUGCUGUGAUUUUCCAAUAAACUGCUAUCACAAUGUCAAAAUGCAGCUCGGACAACAGCAACACAGAGAUCUCAAACAUUAAAACGUAAGCUGCGCCAGAGCAAAAUGCAGUGAGAAGCACUGGAUGAAUGAAAGCCCUGCUUUGCAGCCCCUCAGCAUGGCGGGCCUGCAGCUCGUGACCCCCGCCUCCUCACCAAUGGGCCCUUUCUUUGGACUGCCAUGGCAACAAGAAGCAAUCCAUGAUAACAUUUAUACGCCAAGAAAAUACCAGGUGGAACUGCUCGAAGCGGCUCUGGAUCAUAACACCAUAGUCUGUUUAAACACUGGCUCAGGGAAGACGUUUAUUGCCGUACUGCUCACUAAAGAGCUGUCCUAUCAGAUCAGGGGAGACUUCAACAGAAAUGGAAAAAGGACGGUGUUCUUGGUCAACUCUGCAAACCAGGUUGCUCCACAAGUGUCAGCUGUCAGAACUCAUUCAGAUCUCAAGGUUGGGGAAUACUCAAGCCUGGAAGUAAAUGCAGCUUGGACAAAAGAGAAGUGGAACCAAGAGUUUACUAAGCACCAGGUUCUUGUUAUGACCUGCUAUGUCGCCUUGAAUGUUUUGAAAAAUGGUUACUUAUCGCUGUCGGACAUUAACCUUUUGGUGUUUGAUGAGUGUCAUCUUGCGAUCCUAGACCACCCCUACCGAGAAAUUAUGAAGCUCUGUGAAAACUGUCCAUCGUGUCCUCGUAUCUUGGGACUGACUGCUUCCAUUUUAAAUGGGAAAUGCGAUCCCGAGGAAUUGGAAGAAAAGAUUCAGAAGCUGGAGAAAAUCCUCAAGAGUAAUGCUGAGACCGCAACUGACCUGGUGGUCUUGGACAGAUACACUUCUCAACCGUGUGAGAUUGUGGUGGACUGUGGGCCGUUCACGGACCGAAGUGGCCUCUAUGGCAGGCUGCUGCUGGAGCUGGAGGAGGCACUGAACUUUAUCAACGACUGUAACAUAUCUGUGCGUUCGAAAGAGAGAGAUUCGACUUCAAUUUCUAAGCAGAUACUGUCAGACUGUCGUGCCGUAUUGGUGGUCCUGGGCCCCUGGUGUGCAGAUAAGGUCGCUGGGAUGAUGGUCCGGGAGCUGCAGAAGUACAUCAAACACGAGCAAGAGGAGCUGCACAGGAAAUUUCUAUUGUUUACAGACACCUUCCUAAGGAAAAUCCAUGCACUAUGUGAAGAGCACUUCUCUCCUGCCUCACUUGACCUGAAAUUUGUAACUCCUAAAGUAAUAAAACUGCUCGAAAUCUUGCGCAAGUACAAACCGUAUGAGCGGCAGCAGUUCGAGAGCGUCGAGUGGUAUAAUAACAGGAAUCAGGAUAAUUACGUGUCCUGGAGUGAUUCUGAGGAUGAUGACGAGGACGAAGAGAUCGAAGAAAAAGAGAAGCCGGAGACCAAUUUCCCGUCUCCGUUCACCAACAUCUUAUGCGGGAUCAUUUUUGUGGAAAGAAGAUACACAGCAGUUGUCUUAAACAGAUUGAUAAAGGAAGCUGGCAAACAAGAUCCAGAGCUGGCUUACAUCAGCAGCAAUUUUAUAACUGGACAUGGCAUUGGAAAGAAUCAGCCUCGUAACAAACAGAUGGAAGCAGAAUUCAGAAAACAGGAAGAGGUACUUAGGAAAUUUCGAGCACAUGAGACCAACCUGCUUAUUGCGACAAGCAUUGUGGAAGAGGGUGUUGACAUACCAAAAUGCAACUUGGUGGUUCGUUUUGAUUUACCCACAGAGUAUCGAUCCUAUGUUCAAUCUAAGGGACGAGCAAGGGCACCGAUCUCUAAUUACAUAAUGUUAGCAGAUACAGACAAAAUAAAAAGUUUUGAAGAAGACCUUAAAACAUACAAAGCUAUUGAAAAGAUCUUGAGAAACAAGUGUUCCAAGUCCGUUGAUGCGGGUGAGACUGACGUUGAACCUGUCGUGGAUGAUGACGAUGUGUUCCCGCCAUAUGUGUUGAGGCCCGAUGACGGUGGUCCGCGAGUCACGAUCAACACGGCCAUUGGACACAUCAACAGAUACUGUGCUAGAUUACCAAGUGAUCCGUUUACUCAUCUAGCUCCUAAAUGUAGAACUCGAGAGUUGCCUGAUGGUACAUUUUAUUCAACUCUUUAUCUGCCAAUUAACUCACCUCUUCGAGCCUCCAUUGUUGGUCCGCCAAUGAGCUGUAUACGAUUGGCCGAAAGAGUUGUAGCUCUCAUUUGCUGUGAAAAACUGCACAAAAUUGGUGAACUGGAUGACCAUUUGAUGCCAGUUGGGAAAGAGACGGUUAAAUAUGAAGAAGAGCUCGAUUUACAUGACGAAGAAGAGACCAGCGUUCCAGGAAGACCAGGUUCCACAAAGCGAAGACAGUGCUACCCAAAGGCAAUUCCGGAAUGUUUGAGGGAUAGCUAUCCCAAACCCGAUCAGCCCUGUUACCUGUAUGUGAUAGGGAUGGUUCUGACGACACCCUUACCUGAUGAACUCAACUUCAGAAGGCGGAAGCUCUAUCCCCCUGAGGAUACCACGAGAUGCUUUGGAAUACUGACGGCCAAACCCAUACCUCAGAUCCCGCACUUUCCUGUGUACACGCGCUCCGGAGAGGUCACCAUAUCCAUUGAGUUGAAGAAGUCUGGUUUCACGUUGUCUCUCCAAAUGCUUGAGUUGAUCACACGACUUCACCAGUAUAUAUUCUCUCAUAUUCUUCGGCUUGAAAAACCUGCACUAGAAUUUAAACCCACAGACGCUGAUUCAGCAUACUGUGUUCUACCUCUUAACGUUGUGAAUGACUCCAGCACUUUGGACAUUGACUUUAAAUUCAUGGAAGAUAUUGAGAAAUCUGAAGCUCGCAUAGGCAUUCCCAGCACAAAGUAUUCAAAAGAAACACCCUUUGUUUUUAAAUUAGAAGAUUACCAGGACGCAGUCAUCAUUCCGAGAUACCGUAAUUUUGAUCAGCCUCAUCGAUUUUAUGUAGCUGAUGUAUACACUGAUCUUACCCCACUGAGUAAAUUUCCUUCCCCUGAGUAUGAAACCUUUGCAGAAUAUUAUAAAACAAAGUAUAACCUUGAUCUGACCAAUCUCAACCAGCCACUGCUGGAUGUGGACCACACAUCUUCGAGACUUAAUCUUUUGACACCGCGCCAUUUGAAUCAGAAGGGGAAAGCCCUUCCUCUAAGCAGUGCUGAGAAGAGAAAAGCCAAGUGGGAAAGUCUGCAGAAUAAACAGAUCCUGGUUCCAGAGCUCUGUGCUAUACAUCCGAUUCCAGCAUCACUGUGGAGAAAAGCAGUCUGUCUCCCUAGCAUACUCUACCGCCUUCACUGCCUUCUGACCGCAGAGGAGCUAAGAGCCCAAACGGCCAGCGACGCUGGCGUGGGAGUCCGAUCACUUCCCGUGGAUUUUAGAUACCCCAACCUAGACUUCGGGUGGAAGAAAUCUAUCGACAGCAAGUCCUUCAUCUCAAUUGCUAGCUCCUCUUGGGCUGAAAACGAUAAUUACUGUAAGCACAGCACAAUUGUAGUCCCUGAAAAUGCUGCACGUCAAGGUGCUACUAGAACCUCCUCUCUAGAAAAUCACGACCAAAUGUCUGUGAACUGCAGAACGCUCUUCGGUGAGUCACCCGGUAAGCUCCAGAUCGAAGCUUCGACAGAUCUCACGGCGACCAACGGUCUUUCGUACAAUAAAAACCUUGCCAAUGGCAGUUGCGAUUUAGCGAACAGAGACUUUUGCCAAGGAAAUCAGCUGAGUUACUGCAAGCAGGAAAUACCUGUACAACCAACUACCUCAUAUCCCAUUCAGAAUUUAUACAGUUACGAGAACCAGCCCAAGCCCAGCGAUGAAUGUACUCUCCUGAGUAACAAAUACCUUGAUGGAAAUGCUAACACAUCUACCUCAGAUGGAAGUCCCGCAGCGGCCACGACGCCCGGUACUAACGAAGCUGUUCCCGCGCCCCGGGACGGGAGGGCUUCUGCGCAGAGCCCUUGUCCCGGCUACUCCUCGAGGACUCUUGGCCCGAACCCUGGACUCAUUCUGCAGGCUUUGACCCUUUCAAAUGCUAGCGAUGGGUUUAACCUGGAGCGGCUUGAAAUGCUUGGUGACUCCUUUCUAAAGCAUGCCAUCACCACGUACCUGUUUUGCACUUACCCCGACGCGCACGAGGGCCGCCUUUCCUAUAUGAGAAGCAAAAAGGUCAGCAACUGUAAUCUGUAUCGGCUUGGAAAAAAGAAGGGACUGCCCAGCCGCAUGGUGGUGUCCAUAUUUGAUCCCCCUGUGAAUUGGCUUCCUCCUGGUUAUGUAGUAAACCAAGACAAAAGUAAUACAGAUAAAUGGGAAAAAGAUGAAAUGACAAAAGACUGCAUGUUGGCUAAUGGCAAACUGGACCAGGACUUUGAGGAGGACGACGAGGAGGGGGAGGAUCUGACGUGGAAGGUUCCAAAGGAGGACGCCGACGACGAAGAUGAUUUCCUGGAGUAUGAUCAGGAACAUAUCAAAUUCAUAGAUAACAUGCUAAUGGGAUCAGGAGCUUUCGUAAAGAAAAUUUCUCUUUCUCCUCUCUCAGCCACUGAUUCUGCAUACGAAUGGAAAAUGCCCAAAAAAUCCGCCUUGGGUAGCAUGCCAUUCUCCUCAGAUUUCGAGGACUUCGACUAUAGCUCUUGGGAUGCCAUGUGCUACCUGGAUCCCAGCAAAGCCGUCGAAGAGGAUGACUUUGUGGUGGGGUUCUGGAAUCCGUCGGAAGAGAACUGUGGUGUCGACACAGGGAAACAGUCCAUCUCUUACGACCUGCACACCGAGCAGUGCAUCGCGGACAAAAGCAUAGCCGACUGUGUGGAGGCCCUGCUGGGCUGCUAUUUGACCAGCUGCGGGGAGAGGGCUGCCCAGCUGUUCCUCUGCUCCUUGGGGCUCAAGGUGCUCCCGGUAAUUAAAAGGACCGAUCGGGAAAAGGCCAUGUGCCCCGCCAGGGAGAAUUUCAACGGCCAACAAAAGGCCCUUUCAGGGAGCCGGGCCGCCGCCUCGGUGGCCGGCCCGCGCUCCUCCGUCCUGAAAGACUUGGAGUACGGUUGUUUGAAGAUUCCACCACGAUGCAUGUUUGAUCAUCCGGACGCAGAUAAAACACUGAAUCACCUGAUAUCGGGUUUUGAGAAUUUUGAGAAGAAAAUCAACUACAGGUUCAAGAACAAGGCUUACCUUCUGCAAGCUUUUACACACGCCUCCUACCACUACAAUACUAUCACUGAUUGUUACCAGCGCCUGGAGUUCCUGGGAGAUGCGAUUUUGGACUACCUCAUAACCAAGCACCUUUACGAAGACCCGCGGCAGCACUCCCCGGGCGUCCUGACCGACCUGCGGUCCGCGCUGGUCAACAACACCAUCUUCGCGUCGCUGGCGGUCAAGUACGACUACCACAAGUACUUCAAAGCCGUCUCCCCCGAGCUCUUCCACGUCAUCGACGACUUCGUGCAGUUCCAGCUGGAGAAGAACGAGAUGCAGGGCAUGGACUCGGAGCUCAGGAGGUCUGAGGAGGACGAAGAGAAAGAAGAGGAUAUUGAAGUUCCAAAGGCCAUGGGGGACAUUUUCGAGUCACUUGCUGGUGCCAUUUACAUGGAUAGUGGGAUGUCCCUGGAGAUGGUCUGGCAGGUGUACUAUCCUAUGAUGCGGCCGCUGAUAGAAAAAUUUUCGGCAAAUGUGCCCCGCUCCCCUGUGCGAGAAUUGCUUGAAAUGGAACCAGAAACUGCCAAAUUUAGCCCGGCUGAGAGAACGUACGACGGCAAGGUCAGAGUCACGGUGGAAGUGGUGGGGAAGGGGAAAUUUAAAGGCGUCGGCCGAAGCUACAGGAUUGCCAAGUCCGCGGCAGCAAGAAGAGCCCUCCGCAGCCUCAAAGCCAAUCAACCUCAGGUUCCCAACAGCUGAAGCCCCUUUUUAAAGUGAAAAACACAAAAAAAGCAGAAUUAAGGGGAAAACCAUUGAAAUUGACAAGGGUGAUUUCAAGUCGGUAGUGAGCGGAAUGAAUCGAAGGCAGAAUUUAAAGGUUGUUUGAUAACAAGCUAGAUUACAGAAUAAAACAUUUAACAUAUGUGUAAAAAUUUUGGAGCUAACUGUAGUUUUAGUUUUUUGCGCAAACACAAUCUCGUCUUCUUUCCUCACUUCCGCUUUGUUCAGAUCACAAGAGUGCUUUAAUGAUGACAUUUGGCAAGUGUUCAAAAUAAUUAUCGGCAGUUCUCUUUUUGUUUGGGGUUUUCGUUUUUGGUUUUGUGUUCACCUAGUUUCAUUUCUGUCAGCUUCGCCUAGUGGUAGGAGGCCAAGGAGCUUUACAGCCGAGACGGCCCCUGGAUUCCGUGGGGCGUCCUCCCCUCCUCAGCGUGGGCACCGGCACGGGUCCCCCGGUGGCCCAUGCGCCCAGGAGAAUGGUGCGGUUUGCCAGAGGAGAAGAGUGCCCGCACCGUCCUUUCUUUCCAUGCCCUGUCAUGUAAGACGAUGUCUCCCGGUCGCCGUUGCACUUGAGAUGUAGUAAGGGACAGGCUUUUCAUUAACGUUGGCUGGCACGUUGGCGAAUCAAAUUUUCGUUUUCUCAUGCCACGUAGUCUUGCAUAGAAAAACGUUCUCGCCUUAAAAGUAAAGCCCUCACGGAUGUCCGUUUGAUUUCCGAUCCUUUUGGAACAAACUAUUUUACAUUCCCUUCAUUUUAUUAUGCAUCUAAGAUGUCGAGACCGUGUGAUACUUGCAACUCACUAGUGUGGUUGUGACCUAUUACAGGAUUAUAUUAGCGUUUCUGUCGUAUGUGUCCUGAAGGCAUCUUGAAAACCAGAAUAGAGACGUAGUCUCUGGAUUUUUUCUAAGCACCAUAAUAAAAAGGAUCUUUGGCUAAACACCCAGUUUUACUAAAAACCUCCUGCUAGGUAGCUCCACCGAUGGAAAUUGUGGCAAACAGUUUUGCCCUGUAGGCUGUUGCUCUAACAAGAUAACCUUUAGACAUAUCACACCUAAAAUAUGCUGCAGAUUUUAUAAGUGAUUGGUUACCUAUUUAAAGAAGCAAAACAAAGCACCUUUACCGUUAGUCUCUUCUCACGUCAAUGUCUUACUGUACUUUUCACAGUGUUGCAUGCAGAUCUCACCUACCAAAGCCGUGCUGUUAAUGCCAUGGAAGUGUAACGUUUGUGAUAAACUGCCGUAAUUUUGAUACAUCUGUGAUUUAGGUCAUUAAUUUAGAUAAACUCAUUCUUUGCAUCUUUGGAAAAGGAAAAAAAAAGAAAAAAAAAAACAUUUUUAGGCAUUUGCCGAAGUUUCUUUAAUUAGACCUGUAGGCACUCUUCACUUAAAUACCUCAGUUUUUCUUUUCUUUUGCAUGCAUUUUUCCCGUGUUUGGUGCUAUGUUUAUGUAUUAUGCUUGAAAUUUUAAUUUUUUUUUUUUUUUUUUUUUUGCACUGUAACUAUAAUACCUCUUAAUUUACCUUUUGAAAAGCUGCGGGUCAGUCCUGCACUCCCACCGACACACCAGUAGAGGUUUGCUGCAAUUUGCUCUGUUAAUUAUGCUUGAAGUUUAAGAAAGCCGAGCAGAGGUGUCUAAUGUUUUCCAGCACAUCAUCCUGAACUUGAUGCUUCAUGUAAUGCUGCGUUUUUGUUUUCAAAUACACUCAGAUACUGUAUUUCUUGCUUUAUCUGCACACCCCCCCCCCCCCCCCCCCGCCCAGAGAAACACCUCUCUCUGCACGCGUGCGCAGGGAAAACGGUCAGCUCCCCUUUCUAAGGAGACCUGAGUUGGAGGGGGAUGUUAAGCUUCUCCAAUGUUACUCGUUGUCUCCGGUCUUAAAUUUCAAUUGCGAUCUAAAUUAUUCAGUGUGUCUUUGAGCAAAUUGAUUUGGGUAGACUCCUUUUGAAAAUACUUUCCGAUUUGGAACCUUCGCUUUCUAUUCGGUUUUUUAAAAUAAAACCUCAGUGUCAGAUCUCCUAGCAAGUGAAAACCAAGCAACUCUUGAAUUAUAUUAACUGUAAACGUGUAUAAUUGACAAGUAAGGCUGGAUGUGAAUUGUACUUGUGAGGGUGAUUUUGUGAUAACGUUAUAUCACAAAUCUCUUCUUAAUUUAUAAACUACCUGAUGCCAGGAGCCCAGGGCUUUGCAUUGCGUCUAAUGCACUAAUCCCAGCGUUAAGGGAUUCUCUCGCCUCCUGGCACCAAAACCAGAUUGUUUCACAGUUACAAUUCCCGUUGGGAGAAAAAUGCCUCAAUAUAUUUUGUAACCUUAAGAAGAGUAUUUUUUGUUAAAACUAAAAAGUUCAGACUCGGAUAUGAUUAGGUCAUACAUUCUCAGGGGUUCAAAUUUCCUGCUACCAUUCAAAAUGUUUUCUCAACAGCAACCUUUCGCUAUUCCAUUUUUCUGUUGUUGGAGACAGAUAGCUAAUUUUGAUCUGUGACACUCGGACGGAUUCUGUGAUCCCCUGGUUUACGAAGUCAAAAAAUAAAAACUCGAGUUAGACAAAUGAGAUGGGUUACGAACGCUUUCGUGCUGCUGAUUUUUAAUGCUGUAAAGUCCACCCCCCCGACCCCCAGUUUAGCUUGUUGAAAUGUUUUGCAUCCAUCGAUUAAGGAGGAAAAUCACUCUCUGUCGCCCCACUUGCCACCCGCGUGUGUCAUGCCUUUGUUCCUGUGAUUGCACUGUGAGAGCGAAUGUAACGGAAGCCCCGCGAGCCGAGGGCACUCGGGGGGGGGGGGGGGGGGCGCGCCACGGGCACGUGUGUGCGGGGCAGGGCUGGGGGUCGGGGGGUGUCCUGAAGAAGCAGCUGCAGAAGCUCCUUCCAAUGAUUGUGUGGAGGUUAGUGGGGACGAACCUUCGUUGUACAGAUUUUUCCUUUCUCUCGUGAUCUCCUUUCCAUGGUCCUAACUAUGCUGCGUUUUGUAAUAGCUUUGUCCCCCCUCCGUUCUGUUCGUGUAGCACAGAGAAGCCUUGCACUUGGUACCAUGCUUUACCUCAUUUCAAGGAAAAUCUGCUUCACGGAGAGGAAAAAAAAAAAAAAAUGUGGUUUGGCCUCGCUGCUGUUUUGAUUUGCCGGAUUUGAAAAAGAUGAUUAUAAUGCCUGCAAUGUGUCAUAUACUCGCACAACUUAAAUAGGUCAUUUUUUUUUUUUUUUUGUCUGUGGCAUUUCUUACUGUUUGUGUAUGACAAAGAUCUGUUCACUGAACUCUUAAGUAUGUUUUAAACGUAUUUGUUACUCUUUUUUUUUUUUUUUUCGGUUUUCCUUUAACGUCAUGUGAAGUGAUGAAAUCUAGAAUGACCUCUAACACUCCUGUAAUUAUCUCUUAAAAAUACUAAUAUUUUAACAUUCUUAACAAUAGCUGGCCCUCAGAGAGAUUCAGACUGCCCUGCCUAAAGAGCAAGAGACUUGAGGCCGCUUUGCUUCUGUGGGUUCAGUUCCCAGAUGCGACCGCUCACCCAGCAGUGGGCUCUUUGCCAUCUUUCUCCCCCGGGGUGCUCUGCGGGGACUGCGGGGUGCAGAGAAGAGUCGAAACCCAGACCGACCACGGUUCGUUCCGUCUUCAGGCCCGGUUGAUUUCAAACCUUCUGCCUUCCUCUGCUAGGGUACCGAAUCCUUUCACACAAAAGUUAAGCCACCAAGCUGAGACCCUGGAUACCUUUAUUUAAACUGCAUCUGAAAUUAAUGUCGGAGCCCUCAACCCAGCCCGUGCUCUCUGCGGAAGAGAGACUCGUGUCGCGUCCAUCAACCUGUACGGUCGUUUUGAUUGCGUUUGAAUAGGUCUGUUUUUUUCAGCCACUGAUUACUUUUCGGGAAUUCAGUUCUUUCCAAAUAAAUUUCUUUAUUUUAUAUUGUACAUGAGAAGUUUCUAAGAUAAUGUUUAAGACCAAGAAUAUUAAAGUGAUCUUUUUAACAGUUGUUGGAGACCCUGGUAGCAAUAUCACGGGAAUUUACAUCGAGACUGUUGUAUUCUCCACUCGCAGUGAAAAUGGUCUUUCAGAACUAACUUGUAAAUAUAUUUUAGUCAUUGAUUGAUUGGUCUUUUUUUUUUUUUCCCCCCCUAGUCCAUUUUCAUUUGGACGUCAACCACAGACACUUUCAAUCCUACAGAGGCACUCAGAAUUCACUGCAUCAGCAGGGUUACAUAGCAAAAAUGCAAAGGUGAACCCCAAGUAGAAUCUCUGGCUUUUUCUGCUGUAAAUAGAGUGCAGGAAAAUGACUAAAAUCGAGAAAAACUAACAUGAUUUGAUUGACAAUAACAUAUUCACCAUCACAUGCUGCAGCUGUUUUUAAGGAACAUGAUGUAAUUCAUUCAUACGGUCACCAUGCUGCAGAAAUAACGCAGUGCACCUUAUGGGUCCCAGUUCCCUUUAGUUGUUUCCUUUUGUAAUAAUUGUAGCAGAGUCAAUCUCCAAUAAAGUUAUGGUCUGUU